AUGACAAGUUCGAAAGACUCGGAGUCUGAUUCUGAAAAUUCGGAACAGAGCCGGUUGGAGAAAAAGAGUAGUAAAAAGAAAGAGAAGAAGCGAAAGGUGUUGGAAAUUGAUGGUGAUGAAGAGAAGAGUGAGACGAGCUCGGAGGAGGGCGAACCUAUAAAUCUGAAGGUGGAAGAGCAGAGAAAGAAGAGGAAGAUGAUUGUGUUGACUGAGAUGGAUGAUGAUGAUGUUAAGGAAGAGGAGAGUCCGAAUGCGGUAUCAAAAUUUAGGAUUUCGAAGCCACUGAGAGAGGCAUUGAAGGCUAAAGGGAUUGAGGCUUUGUUUCCUAUACAAGCUAUGACUUUUGAUACUGUUUUGGAUGGUUCGGAUUUGGUUGGCAGGGCACGUACCGGUCAGGGAAAAACAUUGGCCUUUGUAUUGCCCAUAUUGGAGUCCUUAAUAAAUGGACCUACAAAAGCUUCACGAAAGACUGGAUAUGGGAGGGCACCGAGCGUUCUUGUACUUCUACCCACAAGGGAACUGGCCAUUCAGGUGUCUGCUGACUUUGAAGUCUAUGGUAGGGCAUUAGGGCUAUGUUCAUGCUGUUUAUACGGGGGAGCUCCUUACCAUUCUCAACAAAUGCAAUUGAAAAGAGGGGUUGAUAUAGUUGUGGGAACGCCUGGCCGUGUUAAGGAUCACAUAGAACGGGGAAAUAUUGACUUCAGCUCAUUAAAGUUCCGUGUCCUUGACGAAGCUGAUGAAAUGUUGAGGAUGGGGUUCGUUGAAGAUGUUGAACUUAUUCUAGGUAAGGUAGAGGAUGCAAGCAAAGUCCAAACACUUCUUUUCAGUGCCACCUUGCCAGAUUGGGUGAAACAUAUUGCAUCUAAGUUCCUGAAACCAGACAAAAAGACUGCAGACCUUGUUGGUAAUGAGAAAAUGAAGGCUAGUACCAAUGUGAGGCAUAUUGUUCUUCCCUGCUCUGCUUCAGCCAGAUCCCAGCUUAUUCCUGAUAUCAUUCGCUGUUAUAGCAGUGGAGGUCGCACAAUUAUUUUCACCGAGACAAAAGAUUCUGCUUCUGGACUUGCUGGCUUAUUGCCUGGAGCACGUGCUUUGCAUGGGGACAUACAACAGGCUCAACGUGAGGUUACACUAGUUGGAUUCAGAUCAGGCAAGUUCCUGACAUUAGUAGCCACAAAUGUAGCUGCGCGGGGAUUGGACAUUAAUGAUGUCCAAUUGAUAAUCCAGUGUGAACCUCCACGUGAUGUUGAAGCAUAUAUUCAUCGAUCUGGACGGACAGGGAGGGCAGGGAAUACGGGUAUUGCUGUGAUGCUGUAUGAUCCCAGGAAGUCGAAUUUUUCUAGGAUAGAAAGAGAAUCCGGUGUGAAAUUUGAGUACAUAUCUGCUCCUCAGCCGGCUGAUAUUGCUAAAGCUGCUGGCAUAGAAGCAGCAGAAACAAUCACCCAAAUCUCUGAUAGUGUUAUUCCGUCCUUCAAAGCCGCAGCUGAGGAACUACUGAAUACCUCUGGUUUAUCACCUGUGGAACUGCUUGCAAAGGCACUUGCCAAGGCUGCUGGAUAUAGUGAGAUUACGAGUAGAUCACUUCUCAAUUCCAUGGAGAACUAUGUCACUGUACUUCUUGAGGCUGGAGGAUCUAUCUAUACGCCUUCCUUUGCUUACGGUGUCCUGAGGAGGUUUUUACCUGAAGAGAAAGUUGAGUCAAUUAUGGGUCUUGCUCUGACUGCUGAUGGAAAGGGGGCGGUGUUUGAUGUGCCUGCUGAAGAUUUGGACACAUUCCUUGCUGGCCAGGAAAAUGCUGCUGGUGUGAGCUUAGAGGUGGUGAAAUCAUUGCCACAGUUGCAGGAGAGAGAUCAAUCAAGAGGGGGAAGAUUUGGAAAUGGUGGUCGUGGUGGUUUUGCUGAUAGAAGAGGUGGCAGAGGCGGUAGAUUCUCCGGAGGAAGGGGUGGUUUUUCUGACCGAGGAAAUCAGAGAUUUUCCAAAGGCCCUACCGGAGGGAGAGGUCGUGGCAACAACCGCAGCAGAUGA